CGAGUGAGAGGCCAAAUUACCUCACGACAUGAAUAAUGUGGCUCUCACAGUUCAAGUCUCGAUUUGUCAGCCGCUGCAGCUAUCUACCCGUAUUCCAAGAUGCAUCUAGGUAUGAGUCUUUGCAGACGACGGGCGGGGAAAUGAGUCAACCCUACUCUACUUAAAAGGACAUCUUGCAGUGCAGUGCAGUACAGUACAAGCAUCUCAAAAACACAAACACCAUCAAGUCAUACCAGGCCGUCAUGUCUUCACCCGUGCACCUCGACUUCACAACCGUCGACGUUUUCACUUCGACUCCCUAUGCUGGGAACCCACUGGCUAUCGUCCGCAUCCCUCAUGGCGUCCACGUGAGCCAGGAGCAAAAGCAGACCAUCGCCCGGGAAUUCAAUCUCUCGGAGACGACGUUCCUGCACGAGAAGAGCGCGGAUGCGAGCCAAGAUGCGCAGGACGAUGCGUGGACGGUGGACAUCUUCAUGACGACGAGGGAGUUGCCGUUCGCGGGCCAUCCGACGGUAGGCACGGCGUGUUAUAUCCUGGGGCGCGUGGCGCGGGAACGCGGUGUGAAGGAUGGGGUGGUGGAGGGCAAGUUCGCGCUCAAGGCUGGGAGUGUGGGGUUGGUGUAUGAUGUUGGGAAGGGGAUGGCCAGGGCGGGUAUUCCUCAUAAUGUUCAUAUUCACAAGAGAAAAUUGACUCGCGAUGAGCUGUUCCACGUCCAGCCCAAGCUCGCGGAAGCUCAGCAGCAGAGUAAGAUCCAGACCAAGGACGACUAUCCCAUAGUCUCCAUAGUCAAGGGUAUGACAUUUGCCCUUGUUGAACUCGAGAGCGAGGAGGCACUCGGUGCAGCAGCGUUGUCUGGUCGGAAUGUUACAAACGACAGGUUAGAUGCGGGAUGGACCGAGACGCUCGUUGGUAUGUACUUCUACGUCAAGACAGGCAAGAGUGAAGAUGGUGUGACGAGGCUGCGAACCAGGAUGAUUAUUGGUCAGCUGGAAGAUCCAGCAACGGGUAGUGCGGCCAGCGAUCUGGCUGCAUACUUGGCUUUGACGGAGGGUGGGCCGAACAAGACGCUCAGGUACGAGAUGGUGCAGGGUGUUGAGAUGGGCAGGCGGAGUGAGAUAUCCAUCGACGUUGUGACUAAGGAGGAUGGUUCUGUUUCGGAGCUGUAUCUCGAGGGCGGCGCAGUGCAGGUCAUGGAGGGACGGUUGACGGUAUGAAAGGGGCGUCACAUUGUCGAACAGCGGCACAUGUAGUGAACCCUUGUUACACAAUUGACAAUCUAUCAGAUGUCAGGUCUUUCUGGGGUAAAACUUACAUCGUCUCUGGAUCCUUGUAUAAUGCAUUCUCUUCAUUGUGUGCAGAUUGUAGGGAUAGACCGAC